CAUCUAUCUCCCAUUGCCAACUCUCUCCUCAAAAGAUGCGCUCUGUGGGCCAGGAUCACAUCAGUAGAAUGGACGGUUAGAACAUUCGGUCAUUUGUUGACAUGCACGUGUGUACCACGGCUGAGUGGACCAGAAUCCUCCUCUACAACACCUGUUUUACAGCGGGUAAAACAUUCAGGGACCAGCACGUUGUAUGCGUGAAAUCCCCUCCGUCCAUCAGGAUACUGAACACUUCUAUAGAUUCUCUCGUGGACAAGUUUGAGGUAGGAUUGAAGCCUGAAGUAAAUGACUAUUCUAGGAGGUUGGUGGAGUUUUUCAGCUCAAAGGUGGUUGGUAGCAUAUGCUGUGACCUAGAAGAGAAGAUCAAUGAUGGGUCUUUUAGCCGGUUCACCUUCGAUAUGAUGCUUGCAUGGGAGUGUCCAAGCUCUAAAGAUGAGGAGAUGUACACGGAGAGUGUGGCAAAGGAGAAAGAAGAGCAUUUAAGGGGGAGUGUGGCUCAAGAUCAGGAUGAUGUUCCCCUUUUCUACUCCGACCUCAUGCCACUUCUUGUUGAUGAAGACAGAAGCAUUGGAGAAGAAGCAUUUGUUUGGUUGGUAUCCUUGGUUCCCUUGGUUGCUGAUGUUGCAAAUGCGAGAUUUGCUUUUGAAGCACUAACAGCCCCUACAGCAAAUCGGCUCCAUUUUCCUGCCUAUGAUAGAUAUCUAAAAGAGAUAGACAUGUGCAUCAAGUAUUUGCGUAAACAAACCCCACCGAAAGGUGUGGUGUUAUCCGAUGAUGAGUUCAUAUUGCAUGUGGAGGGGACUGCAAGUACUCAAAGGGUCAUCCGCCAUAUUGGUGGAACCAGUUGGCCAGGUAGACUCACAUUGACCAACUAUGCUCUUUACUUCGAGGCAUCUGGAGUUAUAUCAUAUGAAAAUGCAUUGAAGAUUGAUCUCUCAAGAAAGGACGUUGACCACAAAGUAAGUCCAACUUUGACGGGUCCUUGGGGUGCUCCUCUUUUCGACAAGGCAAUGACCUACGAGUCUUCCCAGUUAUCAGAAUGUGUGGUGUUGGAGUUCCCAGAGAUGACAAGCUCAACUAGGCGCGACCACUGGCUUAGUAUCACAAAGGAAGUUAUCUUGUUGCAUACGUUCUUAUCAAAAUUCAUGUUCGAACUUCCGCUACAAACGUGGGAGAUGAAUGCAAGGACAAUCUUAGGUAUCUUGAGGCUUCAUGCAGCACGAGAGAUGUUACGGAUAUCGCCCCCGAUUCCGAACAAUUUCCUGAUCUUUUGCUUGUUUGAUGAGUUGCCUAAGGGAGACUAUGUAUUGGAAGAGCUAUACAAUGGUUUGAAACAGAUGAAUUGCAUACCACCAUGGAGUGCUACCUAUAUUCUAAAGAGCUUGAACAUGUCCCACCCAAGUGUUUCUAGCAUGGAUGUUAAAGAAGGUUUUGAGGAACGUAUAGGCGGCCCAGAGGAGGCGGACAAUCUGACAUCUCUAGAGACAGCAAUUAAUCAAGUAAGAGAGGAAGCGAAGGAGGUAAGUAUUGCUAAGGCUAGUGUGGAAGGGAUAAAAGAGGAAGGGAUCAGCGAUUCAGUUCUUGUUCUGAUGGAGCUUCUAAGUCCACUUAAAAAUGUAUUAGCAUGGUUUCAAGGAAUUCUCACAUGGAAGAGACCAGCAGUCACCCUCUUCAUACUUUCCGUGACUAUGGUCAUCAUCUACAAGGAGUGGAUAGGAUAUACUAUUGCAGCAUGUUUGGUGUCGGCAGUGGGAACAAUGCUAUGGGCUAGGCAUAGAAGAAUAAAAGACAGAUGCACUGAAAUUGUAGUAUACACUUCCUCCGAUCAGUCGACUGUGGAAAGCAUUGUGUCUGCUCAUCAUGGAUUGAAGAGAUUCAAGGAGAUAGCCCGAAUGACCAACAUCACAAUAUUGAAAAUCCAUUCCAUUUUGGUAUCGAAAGCCCCAAAGCAUGCAGAUUUGGUGAUGUCAGUUAUGAUCGGAGCUGUGGCCUUGUUAGCAGUGGUCCCAUUCAAGUUCAUCAUCAUGGUCACGGUUUUGUAUUGCUUUAUGAUGAAUACAAAGAUUGCAAAAUCCAUGUCUGAUACAGAAGGCGAGAGGCGAAUGAGGGAGUGGUGGAACUCAAUCCCGUUACUGUGUUUAAUUGGUGGAAGGAUGUGAAAGUUGAUGAGCAUGUGUCAUAUUGGCGGAAAAAGAAACGGAUGGAAAGUUCAUAGAGAUGGGCAUCUGCAAAUGUGUGAAGCGGCCGGUUUGAUUCCUAUUCAUUGGUUUCAAAUUGGUUUCAAAUGUUGAAAGGCAGAUUGGUCUGAGGUACUACUUGGGUAGUCUCUUUCUCUUCUUCCCACCCUUUCUUUCUUUGAACCUUGUCAAUGAUUGAACUAACAAAUAUAAACUAAUUAUCAUUUGAUAAGU